AAUAUACAUUAACCACUGUUAAUUACAAAUGACUUUCAAGAUUUUUGCAGCUGGAAGCUCAGAGUAAAUGAAAUCACAUUUAAAAAACUCUCAACAGCAACUUAUCUACGAGAUCUGCAAUAUAACGCUGUUGUUCCAGACCAUACACAUUAUUUUUCCAAUUCGGAUUGGUGCCUUUUCGUCGGAAGAACCAAGAUGAAGCUUUUCGUAUUCUUUGCUUCUUUAUCAAUGGCACUGGCCACAGAGUUUGACAUGGGCAUUGACGAGGAAGGUAAAAAAUUCACAGAGAAGGUUAAAAUCAAUCUCAAGGAAAAAACUGAAGAAAUCGUUGUUCCAGCACAUCUGGACAGAGCAGCUGUUGAUGUGUUGAAUGAUUUCAAUGUUGGUCUCUCUGCCCGCAAAAUGGUGAAUUUGAAAGCAUGUUUCAUAGAGAGAAUCAGCAAGGAAGAUGAAUCUCCGGCCAAAAUGGACAUCAGUAUGAGACUGUCAAAGUCAAAGUUUCCAAACAACCGUUUCACGGUAACUCAGAAAAAGUCAGUGAUAGUAAAUGAGAUGUCAGAAGAAGAGGUUGGGAAGAAGAUUGCAGCCCAUUGCGCAGGGUACAAAAUCGUCAAAACAGUCAGUUUUGAAAAAGGAAGCAUAAAUGACGCAGUUCAAGAAAUGAUCAAAGCUCAAAGAGCGUCUGGAAAAUCGAAACGUGACGUGGUUACCACUUUCCAGUCUUGUAAUUUGCAAAGCACCAAUGUUAUUGAAAGUUGCACUGGAGGCAGGCUUGUUACUUCAUGCAAAUACAGAAAUGACGGAAGAACAUGCACCUACCUUAUCACAUGCUCUCCGACUGCUUCUGGCUUCAACUGCCAGGGUGCACAUCGCCUCAGCACCCUGGUCUGCUGCGACUUUGCUUGUGGGUGAAUCAAAGUCAAAGGACCCCGAACAAAUAUUUAUUUCAAAUAGCUAUAAUCGGUUAACACUUAUGCUUUGAUCCAUGUUAUAAUGAAA